GUGUUAAAUGUGCGCCAGCCACCGGGGGAAGCGAACGGAAAGGGGGUGAGCCCAGCUGCAGUCCUGGCCGGCUUCCUCAGACAAACUGCGUCACGACCCGGGAGACAAGGCGACAGGGAGCUCUCCGCGCCGGAGAGGGGUCAGGGCCCAGUCCCAGGUGCCAGGCCUGGCUCCCGGCGUCUCAGUCCGAGGAUGGAGUCUGGGGCCCCGAAAGUCCUUGGUGUUUCACUUCCUCUCACAACCGUGUCGCGUCCUCCUCCGAAAACCCGUGACGCGUGCCCAGCUCUCACUCCCAUUGGGUAGCCGGUGUCUAACAAGGAAAGCCUCCGCGCGAUUCCGGUUCAGAGCUCGCAGCCGCCCGGAUGAGAGUCUCCCUGCCCGCGGAGAAUGCGGAUCCAGAGGUCCCAAACCCUCCUGCUGCUGCUCUCGGGGGCCCUGGUCCUGACCGAGACCUGGGCGGGCCCGCACUUCCUGAGCUAUUUCUACACCGCGGUGUCCCGGCCCGGCGGCGGGGAGCCCCGCUUCAUCGCCGUCGGCUACGUGGACGACACGCAGUUCGUGCGGUUCGAUAGCGACUCCGCGAGCCCGAGGAUGGAGCCGCGGGCGCCGUGGAUGCAGGAGCCGUGGGUGGAGCAGGCGGACCCGCGGUAUUGGGACGUAGAGACGAGGAACAUCAGGGAAACCGCACAGGCUUUCCGCGCGAACCUGAAGAACCUGCGCCGCUACUACAACCAGAGCGCGGACGGGUCUCACACUUUCCAGUGGAUGUACGGCUGCGAAAUGGGGCCGGACGGGAGCUUCCUCCGCGGUUAUGACCAGUUUGCUUACGACGGCGCCGACUACAUCGCCCUGAACGAGGACCUGCGCUCCUGGACCGCGGCCAGCGGGGCGGCUGCUCAGCGUUCCCGGCGCAGAUACGAGGAUGUGGAUGAGGCGGAGGUGCAGAGGAACUACCUGGAGAGGGUGUGCAUGGAGUGGCUCCGCACAUACCUGGAGAAAGGAAAGGACCUUCUGCGGCGCGCAGACCCUCCAAAGACACACGUGACCCAUCACCCCCUCUCUGACCGGGAGGUCACCCUGAGGUGCUGGGCCCGGGGCUUCUACCCUGCGGACAUCACCCUGACCUGGCAGCGUGACGGGGAGGACCAGACCCAGGACAUGGAGCUGGUGGAGACCAGGCCUGCCGGGGACGGGACCUUCCAGAAGUGGGCGGCCCUGGUGGUGCCCCCUGGCGAAGAGCAGAGAUACACGUGCCAUGUGCAGCACGAGGGGCUGCCCGAGCCCCGGACCCUGAGAUGGGAGCCGCCUCCUCACACCUUCAUCUCCAUCAUCCUGGGCAUCGCUGGGAUCCUGGUUCUGCUGGGAGCUGUGGCUGGAGCUGUGAUGUGGGGGAGGAGGCGCUCAGGUGGGAAAGGAGGGAGCUACGCUCAGGCUGCCAGCAGUGACAGUUCCCUGGGCUCUGAUGUGUCUCUCAAGGCUUCUAAAGCCUGAGGCAUGUGCCUUGUGGGGACUGAGUGAUGAAAGAUUUGUUCAGGCCCCAACUUCCUGCCUCAAGAAGUAGAUAGACCUGUGGACUGAAGGGCCCCAGGUUCCAUUCUGGUCAAGGGCAUGUACCUUGGUUGCGGGCACAUCCGUAGUAGGAGGUAGCUGAUGGAUGUUUCUAACUCUCAAUCCCCCUCCCUUCCUCUCUAUAAAAAAUCAAUAAAAUUUAUUAAAAAAGAAAAAAAACCUCUGCUUAGCCCUAGCCAGUUUGGCACAGUGGAUAGAGCGUUGGCCUACGAACUGAAAGGUUCUGGGUUCCAUUCCUGUCAAGGGCACAUGCCUGGGUUACAGGCUCGAUCCCCAGUAUGGGGCAUGCAGGAGGCAGCCAGUCAAUGAUUCUCUCUCAUCAUUGAUGUUUCUAU